GGGACAUCAUAACGUGACAGAGGAAGUGGCUCGCCUGAACCUCGGACGUGACUGAACGUUAUACACUUUGCUAGUAACUUAACAGUCGAAGGAAAACCAAGGUAUUUAUUCAGCAGUGGGGCAAUUCCGAACAAUCAUCGAGGCAAAGGGUUCAUGUUGGCAAACAUCUGUAUAUACUGUGUGCAGACAGAGGGAAGCCAUGGCAACGGAGGGGGAGCCGACGGACCUGAUCAAAGUGCUGCACCUCCUUGCGCUCUCCUUCUCCUGGGGCAUGCAGGUCUGGGUCUCCUUCAUCGCAGGUUUUGCGUUGGUGCAGCAGGUGACUCUGCACACCUUUGGCCUGGUGCAGAGUAAACUCUUCCCUGUGUACUUCUACUGCCUGCUGGGCAGCAACCUGGUCAGCCUGGCUGUGUUCGCCGUGUAUCACCCGAGGGAGCUGCUGGACUGGCAUGAGAGUGUGCAGAUGGUUCUGUACGUUGUGGCGUUGAUCACGGCCGGUCUGAACGCCCAGUGGUUUGGCCCGGCGGCCACAGAUGUCAUGUUCCAGCUGAGGGAGGUGGAGCAGGAGCAUGGCCUGGGGAACCACAUCGGCCUGGGUGGCCAGAAAGAGGCGUACGCCAAGCUCAAAGAGCAGGACCCCAAGUACAGAGCGCGCAAGCGCACGUUCGGCCGCUACCACGGGUUGUCCAAUCUCUGCAACCUGAUCGGGUUCCUCUGCACCACAGUCAAUCUGAUCUACACAGCUCUGAAUCUAUCCACCGUUUAGAGAUCAGUAGGUGUCAGGAUUCAACUUGUGCCUUCAUCACAGUAUUUUAUAUGUUAAAGGGGCAGUAAGCGAUUGUAAAGCAAAACACAGUGAAUAUUUCCUCAUGGUCUGCUGGCUGUUGGUUCUGUGUGUGCUGGAAAAAAAAAAACAGGGUUUUCGGCUCAGCCCUGGCUCUGUAAAUUGAAAAGAAAAAUGGUGCGAACCGCACCUAACAACACUGCAAGUGCAGUUUGUAAACAUCACCCGCUGCAAUGCUGAGGUUUUGGUCUAGUUGUCUGUGCAUCGGUCUCCCGAGGUCGCGGGUUCGCAGCCCAGCCAGAGCAGUGAAAUCACGACAACAACAAGUUGAGAAAAUUUUUUUCUCCAAAAUCGCUUACUGCCCCUCUAAGUCAUUGAUGAGUGGGGAAGAACGGUAUGGACUUGAGUUGAACAUGCCCACAAAUGAACUUGUAAGUGACAUUAUGUGAAAUUAAUUGUACAGAAUUUGGCCCGCUGCAGCUGUCCCGAGUGCCUCACUUUCAGUCAGUUGGAAACUCUUCAUCCUGCCAGUCAGUGUCUAAUUAAUGAUCUCCCGCAAAAUAGGUUGUAUCUUCACAUUGUUAUAUGUGCUUUUAUUAUUUGACUAAAAUGCUCAUGUUUUUUUUAACCCCCUGUGAACCACUAUGAGCAAAACCUCGAUUGCUGUGUGGGCAAUUUUCUUGCAUCCCCAGCAGGGGGCAAUGUUUAGACAUAAUCAGGAAAAGGUAAGUUGAUCCACUGCUGAGCCCCUCAUUCUGUACUGCCUUUAAUGAAUGUCGUGUUUCCAGAUAGUGUAAUGGAGAUGUAUUUUUAAAUGUGUCGCCAAUGUUGAAUUAUGAGAUUGUGAGAAUAAACAGUGUGUCGUUUUAUUCUCA